GGCCCCGACAGGGUUCCCUGUGUCCUGCUCUGCCCCAGCCAGGCGAGGAGGUUCCCAGGAUACGAUCCAAGACUGACCAACCGCAGGCGGGAAAAAUGAAGCUGUUGUGGGCUGUAGCGUUGCUGGUCACGAUCCUGGCAGGAUGCCGGGCCGAGCCAGAGUCGCAGCUGGAGGGGGAGCCGGAGCAAGGCAAGUGGCAAACUAGCCAGCCCUGGGAGUUGGCCCUGAGCCGCUUCUGGGAUUACCUGCGCUGGGUGCAGACCCUGUCUGACCAGGUGCAAGAGGAGCUACUCGGAUCGAAGGCCACCCAGGAAGUGACGACGCUGAUGGAAGAGACCAUGAAGGAGCUGAAGGCCUACAAAUCGGAGCUGGAGGAGCAGCUGAGCCCCAUGACCGAGGAGACGCGGGCACGCGUGGCCAAGGAGCUGCAGGCUGCGCAGGCCCGGCUGGAGGCCGACAUGGAGGACGUGCGUAGCCGCCUGACGCAGUACCGCGCCGAGGCGCAGGCCAUGCUGGGCCAGAGCACCGACGACCUGCGCGCGCGCUUUUCGUCGCACCUGCGCAAGCUGCGCAAGCGGCUGCUGCGCGACGCCGAGGACCUGCAGAAGCGCCUGGCCGUGUACGCCGCCGGGGCCCGCGAGGGUGCCGAGCGCGGCGUGAGCGCCCUCCGCGAGCGCCUCGGGCCGCUGGUGGAGCAGGGCCGCCUGCGGGCCGCCACCGUGAGCAGCCUGGCCGGCCAGCCGCUGCGGGAGCGCGCCCAGGCCUGGGGCGAGCGGCUGCGCGGGCAGCUGGACGAGGUGCGCAGCCGCGCCCGCGACCGCCUGGACGAGGUGCGCGAGCAGGUGGAGGAGGUGCGAGUCAAGGUGGAGGAGCAGGCGGCCCAGAUGCGCCUGCAGGCCGAAGCCUUCCAAGCCCGCCUUAAGAGCUGGUUCGAGCCCCUGGUGGAAGACAUGCAGCGCCAGUGGGCCGGGUUGGUGGAGAAGGUGCAGGCCGCCAUCAACAACAAUAAGACCCCUGCGUUGCUCAACGAGAGCCAGUGAGCGUGCCCUGCGGGCCGCUCCUGCCGCGGGCGCCCGCUGCCCCUGCUCCCCACCCACUGGCCUCCUGCUGGACCACGCUCUCUCCCCCUGCUUAAUAAAAUGUGUCAAGCUCCACAGCA